CGGACAGGUGCUUCCCCAUCCACGCCGCUCUACGACGGCCGGUGUGCCGCGCGCGCCUGGGGCCCAUGCCGUGCGGCCCGGUUUAGGUGUACCAGGAGCAGCAAAGCAGGCAGAACGCAGAAGCUGGGCGGGAGCCGCAGAAACGCAGGCAGCCCAAGCCCACGCGCAGGGCGCCGUGAGGCCUCCUUGAGAAGGGAGCAAGCUCCGGAUGAUGGGCUCGGGCGACCCGGCCGCCGACCCCCUCUCGCCGCUCCUCCGCCACCCCGGCGCGCUCACCCUCACCCUCUCCCGCCGCGUCGCCAUGGCGCGCGACGCCACCGCGGCCGCCGUGCCCGCGCUCCGCCCCGCCUGGCUCAUCGACCUCAUCCCGCUCCUCGUCGUCCUCCUCAUCGCCGCCCACGUCCUCGCCCUCGGGUACUGGAUCUACAGGCUCGCCACGGACGGGUCCAGGCAGCCCGCGCGGAGCAAGAAGCACUAAGGAGGCGGCGCCCGCGGCCAGGAAUGCUUGCAGCCAGUGUUUGCCAUUUAGUUCCUGCAUCCUCUGCUUGUUGAUCUCCAAGGUUUUCAAUGUCGAGCGAUGGCUCGCAAAACUCCUCCUGGAAAGAACCAAAUACAGGGAACCAAUCUCCUCCAGUGGUUUGUUCAGAUGUUGGUUUCAAAGGUGACGCUAGCUGAUAUGUGAAAGGAGGACCUCAUGAUCAUAAAUAGCUUUCGGUUGUUGAAUAGGCAUGUCGCCCGUCGACGCCUCCGUGUAAAGGACAGUAGCUAGACAGGUGUGCCGUUUCGUCUGUUGCCGGCUCCUGUAAUCCCAGGAGCAGCGUUUUAUUUGCGCAAGAGUGAAAUGCACCACGGGCCUUAAACUUGUUGUGCUGAGCCAAAUAGGUACAGCAACUCUGAAAAUGUAUUUUUGGAUUUUCAAA